CUUCAGAACCACUCUGACCCGAGGCGACGAUGGAGGCUCUGAAGUUCGCCGUGCUGCUGCUGGUGUUCGUGUUCGUGCAGGUUUUCGGGGCACUGGGGAACCCGCUGUCCAGGCAGGAGGAGGACGGAGAGACGUGGGGCUUGGACAACUGGCAGGAAUACCCAGAGGAGGGAGCUCUAAGCAAUCGUCUGGCGGAACUCAUCAAACGGUCAAAAUCGCACCAGUUCCACGGCCUGAUGGGAAGAAGCUUAGGUUCCUAUGAGCCCGUGAGGGCGGGGGGGAAACGAAACAAAGGAGCGAUGUUUGUUGGCCUCAUGGGCAGAAGAAAUCUGAGUGGAGAUGUGGACGAGCAGUGGAACUCCGACUUUAAUUAACGACAGAAAUGGAAAUAAAACGAACAAAUGGCCGCAGCUGUAAUUCCAUCUCUGAUUCAACUAUAAUGUCCAAUAAAGUCCUAUGUUGUUGAUCAACUGGACGUGCAGUGGGGGGGGGGGGGGGGGGGGAACGCCUUUGAUCACAACCAGUGUUGUCUGAUGCAAUUUACAGGAAGUAAUAAAAGUUGCCGCAAACCCUGGAAUAAUCAUCUUUCAUUCAGCGCUGAUCUAAUGAUCGAUGUCGGCCUGGAAAGUUUAAAGGCAUCGGCUGUUGUCAUGUCCAAUCAUUAAAGCUGAUUACAUUAACAGUGUGUGUGUGUGUGUGUGUGUGUGUGUGUCAGUGAGCGGGGGUAUUCAGUGUUCUUUUCUACCAGUCACCGACUCGUAGAAAAGAACACUGAGUGCUAACAAAACAUCUGAGGCUGUGAAACCUGCACCAGCCCAGAGUUAGAAAAGUUAAGACUUUUGAAAUAAGGAAUCAUUAUUUCAAAGGCAGAGAAAAAUGUGUUACACAUUAUAACUGGUUAAAGAAAGAUUUAAAAAAUAAAGCUGGUAACUCAGCUGUUGAAGACGACGGUAAACUGAAAUCAUGAAGUAAAAACAACGGGAAAAUGAGAAUAAGAACCAAAUACCUGCAGUUAAAAAAGAAAAAUAAAACAAAUCAAAAUAUUGGUCAUGAAGGACUGAAGCUGAGAGUUACAUAAGAGAGACUGACUCAGCUCCGUGAAGUCAGAAGAGACCGCUCACACCUCUAAACACUUAGCAGCAUCUGAAAUUAGAUUCUAAAAUAAACAGAGAGUCAGUGAAGCCUCGGGGGGGGGGGGGGAGGGGGGGCAGAAGUUCUCACACGGCACCAGGCAGACGAACUCUGGUGGAGGGUUGUUUUUAGGUGUUGAGAAAUUGCAAGUUUCAAGAUGGUGACUAAACACGGCGGUGUUAAUGUAUUUGUCCAUUCAGAGUACUACACAGUCUCUACUGCAGUAUUUAACCGAGAUCGAUUUUUCUACGGCCUUAAAGUGACGGAGAAGAGGACGCGACGUGUGAACUGUGGAGUCGACACGUCAGUGUGUGUAUCUGUUGUACAAUGGUGGUUCAAUCAAUGUUAUCAACCAGAGAACCAUCCCCUCGCCG